AUGGAGGUUUAGUUAAAUAACUAUAUAUUAGGGAAUUCAAUUUUUUCUGAAUGGAUGGAAUUACAUGCUAAGUAUUGAUGUUUUAAUAAAUUAGAUUAAGUAUAUUAAUGGUAUUUAGAUAAUUUCUUGUAUUAGGAGGAUUUUAGUUUUUAUGGGGUAUUUUAGAUAUUUGAAAUGUUUGGAAAAUUUGAAUUUUUUUAAUCUAAUACAUGA